AUGAACAAUACCAGCAAUACCACAGAGAACAUCACCGACACCAUGGUGAACGUCACUUUGACUGAGCCCCAAAGACACAAAGUCUACAUUGUCAAAUACAACUUCGAUUCCUCCCCUCCAGAAGGCGACUCCGCAAUCUUUGUUAAAACCAACGAAGACCUCGGCCAUAUUCACUUCAUUGCCUCCAACGGUGCCGGAACCCACCCAUACUACGAUCGUGCGACCAUCAUGGCUCAUGAAGCCAAGGAAACAGGAGAAAGCCUCAUGCUAAUAGGAACUACCCUUACUGAGAACUAUCCUCGUAGUUGGGAUGAGGCGCUGUGCGUAGUCACGGAGAAUCAGCAGUAUACGACAACUUCCUUGACUUUGUCUGGCUCCACACAAGCUGGGAUGAGGCGGUUGAAGGUCUCUUGCUGGACUCAAGAGUGUGCUAGGCCUAUGUUGGAGAAGGCUGGGCUUUUGGAGAAGAUAAUUGAACAUUGA